UUUUUUAUUUAUUUAUUUUUUAUUUUUUUACGAGUAUUUAUUUUUUGAAGGAUAAUAGGGCUAUUGUAUUGAGCAAGGAUGUAACUAUUGUCAGGAUAAAAUGAUGAGAUACAAGCUUUUUUUAAAAAAAAAUUGCUAUCAAGUAUUUAAUAAAUUAACAAGUCUAAUUGCAUAUUUGCAAUGAAAAAAGACUUCUUAUAAUCUUGUUAAUUGUUGAAUUUUUAGUAGUAAUUUUAAUUGUAAUAAUGAAUCUAGAAGGGAAUUUUAAUUACAGGCCUUCAAAAUGUCGAGUUUCUGGGUUUUGGUCAUCACCUUGCAAGUGGCAGUUUUCAUGUAACAGUUGCCGAGAUGUUUUUGAUUCAAGAAGGGAAUUUUGUUCAAUUCAUACAGGGCUACAUAGCUUUCUUAACGCUAAUUCUUGCUGAUAUAGGAGAGUUCCUGAAGAAAGAUGGCAACUUUAGGUUCAGCUAAUCAUGCUUAAGCAUGGAGGAGGAAGAAAAGAUCCAUACUGGGGCUACGCAUUGUGCCAUGGAUGCAUUUGAGGAAGGCCUUAGGGAGAGCAUAUCAGAUACUGGUGGACUUGUUUUACAGUAGGAGGCGCUGUUGUUCUUGCUUUUGGACGAAUAAGACUAAUUCAAGUGCUUUGUCAUGUUGAAAUUUGUAGCUUUUGUUGUUGAUCUGCUUUUUUUUUUUUUUUUUUUUUUUUUUUUUUAUGCUUGUGGAUUUGGUUUUAAUUAAUUUAUAAAUCUUCGUUUUCCGAUAAAAAAAAAGACUGCAGCUAUGAGGCAAGAUGUCAAUUUUAAGGAAUCUGUUCAAGCCUUCAAGGGAUGUAUCUCGUGACACGUGACAUUUUUAUAUUUUAUUAAAAAAAAUAUCUUCAGCAGGUAACUGGUUUUCAAGGUUGAUAGAAGAAAACGAAGGUGAAAGUUGGGAUUAUUGCAAAAUAAUCGAUAGUUGAGAUUAUUCAAAGCAAAUUGGUCAAACUUGGGAUUAAUAAAGUAUAUUUUUCCUAAUUUAAAAGGAUAUUUUAAGGGAUUUUUUUUUUUAUUUUUUUUUUUUUUUGCAAAUUUUUUACAAUUGAGAUUAUUCAAAGUAAAUUGGUCAAUACUUUUGUUACUAAAUGAUGCAUCAUGUAUCCCAUAAUAAUUUGGUUUAUCUUUUCAAUCAAAUCUUUUUAAAUAUCUAUUAAAAUAUCUAACGUUUAGUUUAGGAAAUACAUCUUCUCUCAUUGGUUAAUGGUUAUCAUAACAAAAAAAUAAAAAAAAAAUAUUAUUUUUUAAUUUUUGGCGACCAUAUAAUGUCUUGAAGACCAAGUAUUAGUGUAUUACACAUCCUUGGGUAUCAAGGUUGUUUAAAUUAACCUUGGAGACCAAGGAUCUUGUAAGAAGUAAAUAUCCCUAAUACAACCGCAAUAACUAUCCUAAUCCUAAUCCUAAUCCUAAUCCUAAUUGGAAUUGUAAAAGGUAUGAUUGAUCUUUGUUUAUCUCCCUAUAUAAGCAAUUAAGCACCAACAAUUCGUAGUGUAGUUGUUAAAUUAAAGCAUACUGAGGAUGGAGAAGAAAGCGAAGACCGAUUGUUGCUACCUUCCGUUUGAACUAAUCACUGAGAUACUCUCAUGGCUACCCGCUAAGUCUCUGCUGCGAUCUGCAUGUGUCUCUUCAUCGUGGUAUAUGCUUACCAAAGAUCCAAAGUUCAUGAAGUUGCAUCGCAGUCGAUCCCUCAAAGCAAACCUGGAAACGCAUUUCCUCUUCGAGUGCUGGAAAUCCAAAGUCUACUCUUUUAGAGCUACAUCGCAGCAUCCCUAUUACCAUGCUUCGGAACUUGCUUAUCCGAAAGACAUCAUAAAGCCUCGCACCAUGGGAGGUGUUUUAGGCUCAUGCAAUGGCCUAGUUUGUUUUCAUUCAAUAACAUUACAACCCUUUUACAAAUCUGCUUACAACAAUAAUCUAGGCCUGUUUCUCUACAACCCUGCGACUCGAGCCACUAGAUUGAUACCACCACUCAAUUCCCCGAUGAAUAAUUUAUUGAACCAUGAAGUUGCAUUCGGUUAUGACAGUGUAUCCGAUGAUUAUAAGGUUUUAGCCAUUUGUAUGGAGAGGAAUGAUCGAAAUGUCGAAAAAGCUCUACUAUACAGUUUGAAAACGGAUGCCUGGGUGAACAUACCGAGCCCGCCAUGGCAGUUGAAUCAAUUUUGUAUGAGCCCCCGACCUGCUAUCUUGGCUGACAACUCCUUCCAUUGGAUGAAUCCUUUGUUGUUUACAGGAAUAAGGUGUUUCGAUCUUUUCACUCAAAGGUAUUACCAGAUACCCCAUCCGGUAAAGAGAGAGAUAAACUAUACCAACUGUGAAGAUGACUCAGAAUUGACCAUUUUAGAAGGACAGUUGUGUAUCGUAACAUAUACUUUGGAGAUAUGGGUAUUAAACAAGAAGAAGAAAUCUUGGACUCGAAUUUUUCAUCAUCUCUCGGGGCAAUUGAAACAUGUUGAUUUUCAUCAUGCUAAAAUAUAUAAUUUGGGUUUCCGAGAUGAACGACGCAGUAUCAUAUUAGCAAUAGCUGACCGUACAAGAGCUCUACAAAAGGUUUUCAUCUGCUGUGAUCUACAAUCCAAACAAGCUAGGGAGAUCGAAGCCACAAAUUUACCAGAUGGUACCGAAAGGAUCAUUUCCUUUCAUCCUUGGGUCGAUUCGCUUGUCCCGUUGUAUUAGUACAUAAUUUUAACGAUAGAGGA